GUUGUCGCGAGACUCGUGGUGUUGCCGCUCUCGCCGUCGCCUCACCACCGCUACGCGCCGGCCGUGAGCGGAGCUUGACGUGCCGUGGACGCACAUGCUUGUUCGUGCAACAAGAACCAGCUCUCAUCACUGCCCUCGCCCAUGUUGUUGGAAGUGCAUGUGAUAACUCGAUCGACCGCAGCAGCUUCCCCUCUCACCUUGACCAUCGCCAACCUCCCUGCAUCGCUCUCGACUACUCCACCACGACCAGGCCUACUAGACGACGCCCUCCCCGUCGUCGCGUGUGGUCGUGACCACCCAAUGAGGUCGACCACUACCACAACAUGUUCCAGCUCACCAGCGAAGGAGGAGGCAGUAGAUUCAUAACAAACCCUCUGGCUGGCCAGAAACGAAAGCGCUCGCCUUCGACCAAUAUCCAACCUACUCCCCAAGCGAAACAUCCGUAUCUGUCUGGCAACUUUGCACCAAUACAACAGACGCUGCCAUUGACACCAUGCACAUACACUGGUAGUAUCCCAGAAGAGUUGGCUGAGGGUGAAUACAUCCGCAAUGGCAGCAAUCCCGUCUCAAAUGAUGACUUGGGACGAGACUCACAUUGGUUCGAUGGAGAUGGUAUGCUCUCGGGAGUGUCCUUCACGAAAGACGAGCAAACGGGAGAGGUUACGCCUGAGUUUGUCAACCAAUUUGUGUUGACAGACCUGUACCUCAGCACGCUGGGGAGCGACAGGUUACGCGUUCCAAUACUGCCGAGCAUAGCUACACUGGUCAGUCCUGUGGCAAGUUUCAUAUGGGUCACAAUUCGCAUACUGCGGACUGUCCUAUUGGUCCUACUGUCGCACCUUCCCGGAUCGAAGCAAAAGAUUAAGAAGAUUUCCGUGGCCAACACGAACGUAAUAUACCACGAUGGCAGGGCUCUUGCUACAUGUGAGAGUGGUCCACCAAUGAGAAUACAAUUGCCUGGCUUGGAGACUGUUGGCUGGUACAAUGGCGUCUCUGCUGAAGGCGAGCCAGUUGAAGAGAGGGAGGAACAGGGCAAGGACAAGGCAUUUGGACAAGAUGGAGGUCUCAUCAGCUUCAUGCGGGAGUGGACAACAGCACACCCAAAAGUCGACCCGGUAUCGAAGGAGAUGCUGUUGUACCAUGCCAGCUUUGCGCCACCCUACGUGCAGUACAGUGUUAUACCCAAGGCGUCUAGCACGACUGGAACGAAAGGCAAGAGAUUGGUGAAUGUUGGCAUACCCAAAGUCUCGGGGGCGAAGAUGAUGCACGACUUUGGGGUAUCGUCUCAGCAUACCAUCAUAAUGGAUUUGCCUCUGACUCUGGACCCAAUUAAUCAGUUAAAAGGCCUGCCGACUGUUCACUACGACUCUAGCAAGCCCUCUCGAUUCGGAGUCUUCCCACGACAUUCUCCCGCUGAAACGCAAUGGUUCGAGACCGAUGGUUGCUGCAUUUUCCACACUGCCAACUCGUGGGAUACUGUCGAGUCGGAUGGCCAUGUGUCAAGUGUGAACAUGCUCGCCUGCCGCCUCACAUCCGCAACACUCAUCUACGCCGCCGGAAACAUGGCCCCACCACCACUGAAGCCACUCACCUCUUCUGUCGCAAAGAAGACCAAGCGAAUGCCGUUUUUCAGCUCCUACGACACCGGGAAUGGUCACACAAAUUUUGACCCAGACCAGCCUCUGGACGAAAAGGAACCCCUCUUGCGCGUCGGUGAACGAUUGUACUACUAUUCCUUCGAUCUCAACUCCACCAACAUCACCCAUCAAUGGGCUCUCUCGGCUGUGCCGUUUGAAUUCCCCUCUGUUCAUCCUGGGCGGGAAAUGAGUGAAGCGCAAUACGUCUACGGCUGCUCCACGACAACUACCGACUUUGGCGCUGCGCUUGGCAAGGCUACGAAAAUCGAUGCGAUCGUCAAGAUAGAUGCGAAGAAGCUCAUUCAACGUGGCAGAGCGAAUCCGCCGAAAAGUGUUACUGGUGUUGUGGACAUUCGCACCAUGGCUCAAGUCCUCGAAACUUCCGAUCCCGAAGAUUCCAUUCGAGUAUUCGUCAUGCCACCUGGCUGGUUCGCGCAAGAACCUCGUUUCGUGCCUCGUCAGAAUCCUGCUUCUGAAGAUGAUGGAUACCUGCUAUUCUACGCUUUCGACGAAGGACAACUGACUCCUGAUGGAGACGUUCCGGCGGACAAUUGUGAGGGAAGGGCUAAGUCAGAGCUGUGGAUCGUCGAUGCGAAGAACAUGCAAAAAGUUGUGGGACGAGUGCAGCUGCCGCAAAGAGUUCCUUAUGGAUUGCAUGGGAGUUGGUUUUCUGCGGAGAUGAUUAAGAAUCAGAGGGCGGUUGAAUCCAUCAGGUCGACAGCGAAGGCUCUGGAGAGGGACGGAGCAGGUGGAGUGUGGAUGAAGGUCAGAGACACGCUCGAGGGGUGGUUGGGGUGAUGAUGACGAUGAUCAACCAGCCGGAUGCGUCGAAUUUUCUCGCGAUGCAUAACGAAGCAUGGGGCAUGGAAUGAUACAUAUAUUGGUGUCAUGUUGCCUAUAACAAGAAGUUUUUGUACAGCUUGCACGCUGGUUGGCGCCGCAGGAAAGGCGCUCGAGGAUAUUGAUGUAUAGUGGUAAUGUGAAAAUGAAUGGUCAUACAUGACACGAGCUUUAGAUCUCCCCGUUGACCUGUUUAGAUCGAGUGACGGCUUUCUUCUCAUCUCUAUGUUCGAGCUUUCUCAUACAGGCCACGAGUGUGCAUGAGCUGUGCGUCCUCACAAUCAGCACCUCAGUAGCUCCCAAUAUAUUCAGAGUCAUUGAACUAAACGGAGAGAAGAUGAGAUGCUUCACUUCAAAAUUGCC